AUCACCGACCAGCAGUCAGGCGGUGCGCCGGGAUCCACUGUUUCCUAUUACGGGUGGUACCAGCUCUAACGACAGGAACACCGCAUCCAGGUAUCGACGCACUGUGCCGAGAUGUCGGGAGUCAAAUUGGCCGAUCUCUGCGCGGACUGCUGCGCUGCCGAUCCUGGAUGGGCUUCACUGAGUCUCGGUGUCCUGUUGUGCUCGAGGUGUGCUCUAGUUCAUUUAGAGCUCGGGAGACAUUUUCCCCAGAUCGUUUGUCUCGACAAAAAGCUGCCCCCGCGUCAGAGAGAGCUGCUCGAAGUCCUCUCGACGCGCAACAUUAAUUCUGUUUGGGAACACUAUCUACUCGACUCGAACUACACCGGCGGUUGCCGCAAACCCUCGCCGCAUGACCAAAACCGCCAUCCCACGCGGAGUGCCUUCAUCGAAGCGAAGUAUAUCAUGUUAAAUUUCAUGGAACGGCUACCGCACGAUGCCACCGAACUUCAGACCAAUCUUCGUUUGAUGAACACGGUGCGGAGUAACGACGUCGAAGAAUCUCUCAAACUCAUACUGCAAGGAGCCGAUGUGCGUUUUGUUCACCCUGAGACCCAGAGCACCAGUCUGCAUAAUGCGGUCCUGGCCGAGCAACCUUUGCAAGUCGAACUGCUGCUCAUACACGGAGCCGAUCCCCGAAAUCAGGAUGGUAACGGUUAUACGGCGUUGGACGUAGCGAAAGCGGCCGGGCGCUCGGAUCUCGUCGCGCAAAUGUCCUCGGCUUUGAAUCAAGUCGCCGACAGACUUCAAGCAUUCGCUGCGUCUUCGGAGAUAAAUCAGAACGCGCCGACUCUCAACCUCAGCGAUGACGUUCUAGCAGAGCUCUGUAGAGAUCUCUACGACGAGGUAGAACGCCGUGACCUGCUCAAACAGAUGGGAUGUGAUGACGUUCCGUUCCUGCCUGUGAAUAAGGCUUUCUCUUCAGUUCGGAAUCAAUCCCGACAAAAACUAGCCCGUCUGAGCAAGCAGGAACUGGCGACUCUGAUCACGUUCUGCGUCGGCCAAGAGACCGCGAAGAGUCGAGUUACUCACGAAGACGACGACGACGAUGAACCCCUGUACGAUAGCGUCUGUGGAGACGAUGACGUCAUCUCCCAAGCUCCCGCCGAACUACUGGUCGAAUCUCCCGCACAAGCUGCUCCGCUACCGCCCCCGCCACUACCGCCGGUGACAGCUCCGGUACAAGCCCUACCGCCGCCACCACCACCGACAAGCCCUCCUCCUCUGCAGCCUCCUGGUUUUUAUCCGAACCUGCUCAUAAAAACCGAGGAGAUCACGAAGCACACUCAUAAUCUGCUUCUGGCGGCGCAGAGUCAGAACGACAACUGUUAUCUAUCCAUUUGUAAACAGAUCCGAGGCUCUGUGAUCGAAAUGUCUUAUCUCUUACCGCAGAGCUAUCCCGACGUCAGCUGCAAGACAGCUCUGCAGGAACUCCUGAACUCUGCCAAUCAUCUCGUUGAGAGCUGCGAGCAACUUUUAGGCACGGAUAAGGCGGAAAAUGCGAAGAGCAUAAUCAAAUACGCGUACAACGUGGCUCGAGGUGUGAAAACUUUCGUUACCUCGUUCCCUCACGUGAGGAACAGUCAAUUGACCGCACAACUGAGUGCUUGA